UCGGCGCCACCCCAGCGCGGGUGACAGAUCUCCGACAUCCCCGGAGGAUGGAAGAGAAAAGAAUGCUGUGUGACUUCUUUGAAGAGGAGAACCUUACCAGUCCCAGGGAGGAGAGCACUGAAGGGGAUGUGAAGACAUUUUGGAAACAGCUGGGAGGUAGAAGAGUAGAUGUCAUAUUUGAGCAAGUGCAAAAUGUGCUGUCGGUGCUGAAGGAAAAGAUCAAGAAUGGAACUGCAACAAACCAAGAAUGCUGGCAGGCUUGGGCACUGGUGAAUGAAGCCAAUCUAGGUGAUCUCUUAACCUUGGCAAAUGUAGGCGAUGAGUUGAAUGGAGAUGGUACACAGGAAACAAAACCCAACCUGCAGCCUCUUCUUCCAGAUGUCAAUGCUGCAGACACUGUAGAAGCUUCUGACAGCGAAAAAGAAGACAUGGAAAGAACCUGCUCAGAGAGUAAAGAAGCAUCUAGCAAAAUUCAAGGUUUAUCUUUAAAUGUGCAAUAUCAGAACCACAAGUGCUCUAGUGCAUGUCUUGCCAACAGAGCAGCGGGCUCCUACAAGGGUGAAAAUCCUCUGAAGAUCCCAAUCCUGUUUGACUUUCAAAGACGCCAUGCAAAAGCAGAUUGCCUUUCGAAGCCACUGGAUGUGAAUUACAAAGCUCCUUGCGGUCGGAGUCUGAGAAGCUUUCGAGAUGUACAAAAUUACUUGUUUGAAACAGAGUGCAAUUUUUUAUUUGUUGAUCACUUCUCCUUCAACACAUAUGUGCUGUUGGGCAGGAACACCAUGAAUCCCGAGCCCCUUGUGUUUGAAUUCGAUAUUAGCAACGGAGCAGAGUCUGUGCCUGUCUCCUUCUAUAACAGUCUCGACCAUGCAAGAUUGCCUUAUUUCAAGUAUCGGAAGUCAUCAUGGCCACGUGGAUAUUAUCUCAACAAUUUCUCCAGCCUGUUUGUUGAUUCCUGUGACUGCACAGAUGGCUGCAUUGAUAGGUCAAAAUGUGCAUGCCUACAGCUAACAGCAAGGGGCUGUAGUAAAAUUCCUCUGUCACCAAGUAGUAAAAGAUCCCGUGGAUACCGUUACAAAAGACUGGAGGGACCUGUUCCUAGUGGGAUUUAUGAGUGUAGCGUAUUGUGCAGGUGUGACAAGCUGAUGUGUCAGAACAGAGUUGUACAGCAUGGCAUUCAAGUCAGGCUGCAAGUGUUCAACACGGAGAAGAAGGGCUGGGGUGUCCGCUGCCUGGAUGACAUCGACAAGGGGACAUUUGUUUGUACUUACUCAGGCAGAUUAAUGAGCAGAGCUGAAGUAUUGGGAGAUGCUGAGCAAGAGCUGAAGGAGAAAAGUGCAGUGAAUGACAGAGGCCAUGACUUUUCUUCCAGAAAAAGAAAACUUGACAUUGAUCGUUCAGACUCAGUGGUUGAACUAGUGCAGACUGACAAAAAUGACAUUCUUGAGAAUCAGGAAUCUUUGUCUCAGACUGUGGAUAAUGAAAAUAAAUCAAGCCUGGUUCAUCUAAAGAACUCAAGUAAUGCAACUGUGGGAGGUCCUGGAAGAAAAACACUUGUUUUUCACAAUCACCAGCUAAAAAUGGUGCACAGUGUCAGCUCAGACGAAGAUGAUUGUUCUCAGGUUCAUCAGUCAAGCAAAACAAAACUAAUGAGUGGAACCAAGAAAGGAAAAGAAAAAUCCACCCAGAAGCAGAAGGAAGAACAUCUGAUGGAAGUUGGGCAGACUGACUCUGCUGGUGUACAGAGUGCAAGAUGCAAAAGAAAGAGUCUGUCACUGCAGAGUGUUCGUUGUCGCAAGUCCAGUGUGCUGGAUGACACAUGUAUUGUGAGACCAUCCAAUAAUGCACCCCUAAAAGCUGACUGCAAAGGAAAUAGCAGGCAGCCAAAACAAGAUGCACUUUGUGAGGAGUCUGAUGGUGAUGGGAUGCUUCCCAAGAAUGAUAAUGAAGGAAAUAUUUAUGUACUGGAUGCCACAAAAGAAGGAAAUGUGGGUCGUUUUCUAAAUCACAGCUGUUGCCCAAAUCUCUUUGCACAAAGUGUGUUUGUAGAAACUCACAACAGAAGUUUUCCUUGGGUGGCAUUCUUCACAAACAGACAUGUGAAAGCUGGAACCGAACUCACAUGGGAUUAUGGUUAUGAAGCUGGAAGCAUGCCAGAGACAGAGAUUUCCUGUCACUGUGGAGUUCAGAAGUGCAGGAAAAAAACCUUAUAGGAAAAGCUUUCCUACUGUCAACACGUCUUGUACCUAGGGAUUUAUAUGCUGGAAGGGAUGACUACUCAGCAAACAGUCCUCAACUCCAUGGUGCUAAUUGCAUUCAACUAAAAUGCCUUUCACCUGAUGAUUUUUUAAAUUUACAUUUAAAUAUCACUUUUGUAGUUUACAAAAUUAGAACUGUUUGUCCUAAGAAGAGGCAUCAAGCCUUUCCUAGGUAAUUUCUGUUCUCCUGGUCUUCCUCCUCCCUGCUUCUAAUCCACAAGCAAAGUUCAUAGUGUACUGGAAGAAUUCCUGCUCCAUGCCAUCUGCAGCAGAGGCACGAUGAGAGCAACAGUUCCUCGGUGCUUUCUGUGUCCCUCCACAGUGCAGAGUUAGCAAAACUCAAGUUUCUGAAACUCAUUAUGAAUGCAAGACUGCCUGUCUGGGCUCUAGGAGUUGUUAAAAGACACCUAAGAUGUCAGGUCACGACAUUGGUGGCUGGAUUCUUUUUCCCCAGGACUGAGAUUAACAAGAGACUGUUUUCUCGUGUUUGGGCUUAGUUGUUUAUUCUUUUCUUAUCUAUAUUACAUAUAUACAGAGUACAAGAAGCUACAUACAUUAAGAUAGAAAGGUGCAAAAUGGAGAGCAAAGAAUCUUUCCAAGGUCUUUUAUGUGUCUUUUUGUCCAAUAAUCAAAUGCCAAGUAAAUUAUUUUUCUUAGUGACCCGAUCACCCGA